AUGAAAGAAGCUGCUUAUGCUGAUGAAUUAGAGGCGCUUGAAGGGUAUAAAGCAACUCGUAAUGAUUGGUUUGUGAAAGAACCGAGGAAGAGAAGCAAGAAGGCCACCCCUAAAGCACAGAAGGGUGUAGGGUCAUCAUCACAGCCUAAGAAAAGACAAAAGAAAGUUGCAAAGACUUUAGUGAUUGAUGAGCCUGAGGUAGAAGAAACGGUUGUAAAUGUUGAAGAAAAUCAGGAUUCUGAUAUGGAGGAUGUAUUGAAAAACAUUGAUUACGAAUUAGAUUCAGAUAAAGCAGCUGAUGUUGCUCAAAAGGGAAAAGCUGCUGAUGAUAUAGAAGGUGAUGAUGUUGAUAAAAGUACUACGAGCUCUUCGAGUUCUUCUGAUGAUGAGAUAGAUGAAACAGAACGUUUAAGAAGGAUUCAAGAAGAGACAGAGAAAGAGAAACAGUUGAGAAAGAGGAAGAGGCAGGAGAAGGAUGAUGCUGCAUACAUUCCAUCUCCUGAGCAUGUAUCUGAAUCUCAAUCGCCUUCAGGUGGAAGGAAGAAAGUUAGUGCUAGAAAAAGGAUUGUUUCGCCGAAGAUAAAGAAAGUUACUCCAAAGAUCACAAAGCCAAAGAUUGUUCUGAAGAAGAAAUCAUCUAAAGAACCAAGUAAACCACCACCACCACCACCACCUGAACCUACACCACAUCAAUCACCACCACAUCAAACACCUCCAAGACAACCAACACCUCAAAGACAACUUUCACCACCAAAACAACCAACACCACCUAGACAACCAUCACCGUUACAUCUCUCACCACCACAUCAAACACCACCUCAUGAACAACCUUUUCUUACUGCGUUUGAAAUGAUCUAA